AUGGUAGCACUUAUUGAGGGUUCUGAGGCGCUACUGGUGCCGUGGUAUCAAAGCGGACAACCGUGUAAUAUGGCGGGAAUCUUAGCUUUGUGUAUAAAUGAGGAUAGGAUGCUGUUCCUGGCAUUUCUUUUGCAGCUUUUCCUGGGUUCAUGUUUCUCAGAGAAAGUUUGGGAUCCAACUGAUCCAAGAUGCGAAGAGCGAAGACAAGAGGUCAAACAAGCUUGGAAUGAUUAUUAUCUGGGACAAGCCUACAGUUGGAUAGACCGAUAUGGCAGUAGAAGUUUACCGGCUUUCAUAACCAGUUCUUACUAUGUCUACAUCAAUGCAUUUUCCAGUAUGCCAUUAAAGAUUCAGGUGCUACAGUGUACCCUGAUUAGAUUGCCUCACCUGAUAACUCAGUAUAUAGCUUUUCUAUUGAUUCUGAAUAAUGUUCUCUUUUAUUGCAGUCCUUCCAAAGUCCGAGUUCUGUAUAAAUCGAUGAUUGAAGGCGUUUUAAAGAAAGGCUGUGAUGAUUACGAAGCGAACAAGAAAUCUAGCUAUUAUAGAUGUUGGUCCAAAGAGUUCCUGUGUGCUGCGAAAGAAGUCGUCAGGAAAACCGUUGACAGUUAUAUCAUGAAGGAAGGCAAUCUUCAACGCAAUUGGUACAGCUGGUUUGAAGCACCAUGGGGCAAACAGCCCGAUGUUUUAGAACAGGAGAUUAACUGGGUUACGAAAAUGCGCUGGAAUCACCCCCGACUUCUCUACUGGGCCAAAACUGAUCUUGAACAACUUGGCAAAGAAAUGCUCGAUCGAGUCUUCUACUACGUUGAAAAGAACAAUAUCAAUAGUUUAGAACUGGUUUUUAAACACUAUAACUCCAGCGGCACGAUGGAUCUUAUGAAAGAACAGUGCGAAAGCAUGGACAGGGACGAUACCAAAAUGCAAUGUAAGUUAGCAGUAGUCUUUGAUAGGUUAGCAGAGUUGAUGAUAGAUCAUGAAAAUAUACCAUGGGAUCCCAGCCCUGACGGGGAAGAGGGGCCCCCUAGAGUCAGGGAGGAACUAUCUAUGUUGUAUCUUCUCCAGCCUAAAGUCUAUGAAAUCCUAAACAUUGCGUCCAACGCCAGAAAUAAGACCCUCUGUCACCGGUUAAUGACAAUGUUCCAAAGUGUCUAUGAUAAUGCCCUAAAUCAGGAUGGCAACAAAAUUAAGGACCAUUUCGGUGAAUUCGGCUCCAUUUCUGCAAGUAUGAAACUCGAAUGUACAGACACCUACAAAAAUGAUUUUGAGCAACUCACGUGCUACUUGGCUGAGACGUUUGUACGUAUGGAAAAACUAAGGAGUGUCUUAGGGCCAAAUUAUGACAACUGGCAGUCGAGUGAAUCGCAAAGCAUGCGAGCUGUUGUUCUAGUUUGGCUUUUAUUGGCACCUAAAGGCAAUUUCUAUGUCAAAGCCGAUGCACUUAAGACAGCUCAGACUGCGAAAGAGUUGCUGAAAAUCAUGUAUAACAAAAUCCGAGAAAAUGACCUCACCGGCCUUCAAGAUAUUGCCGAUUUAGUCCCCAACGAGAAUCAAAUGGGACUGACCAGUAGUGAUGAAUGUGCCCCCAGUUUUGAAAAAAUUAGUAGGAGCAUGGAAUGCGGUUUUAAGAUCCCCAAGGAGAACGUUGCAGUUUUUCUUGACCAGUACAGCAGCAGGGAUCGUAGAACAAAAAGUCUGGAUCUGAGCGUCGAUCAUAAAACCCGGUUAACCCAGUUUCAAAUUUCUAGCAUCAAAGGUGCAGUUGAAAAUACCAAGCUAGAGCUGCAAAGCUCGCUGGAAAAGUUCACUGGAGAGAUAAAGAAAUAUUUCAAGGCGUCAAUAGGCAGUCGUUUCGCACAUUUGCGUGAUUAUUUCACAAAGGUUGCCAAGUUUGACAAAGCAAUUGCCCGGGCAGAUACAAUUUUCAUAACCGGCAAAUUGGACGAAUUCAAAAAGACGGCAGCAGAACUUCAGAAAAAACUAGAAUAUGAUACUUCUAAGCUGCAAAUGGAGGGUACUAUAAUCGAAUCUAUUGAUGCUACUUUUAUGUGGUUAAAAGUCAUUGGUUCGGGUAUUUCGGCAAUAAUGGGGGUCAUGGGGGGAGACUUUGGCGGCUUCGCGGACACGGCUGAUCGUAUCGAUGCNGGGCUACCGAGAACAGCAUCAGCUAGCGGUCAGAACGGGAUUUGA